AUGAUCGGUGACCCUCGGCAAAUAAAGCACAAGUAUUACCAGUCAGAGGAUGUCAUUGUAGCUGGCAUUACUUCGCAGAGCUACAUGUUUUCCAACCCUCUCAACUUUGAAAAGCAUCCCUCUUUUGAACUCCUUGACGAGCUCAUAUUUCUGACUCAGACCUACCAGCAUGUCCUGGCUCUUGUAUUUGCUGUGAAGGAGAUCAAUGAAAAUACUCAGGUUUUGCGCAACAUCUCCCUGGGUUUCAACAUUUAUGAUGACUACUUCACUGGAAGCUUAACUUAUCUUGCCUCACUGGAGCUCCUCUCCACAUGGGGCAAGUUUAUUCCAAACUAUAAAUGUGAUUCCCAAAGUAGUACUGUGGCCGUCAUUGGGGGACCCAGUUCCACUGCAUGUCUUUUCAUGGCAACCAUUCUCAGUAUCUACAAGAUACCACAGCUUGGAUAUGGUUCUUUUCCAGUAAUAAAUGACCCAUCCCAGCAAGACUUCUUCCAAUGGAUGUUCCCUAAUAGGAACCAACAGUAUGCAGGGAUGCUCCAGCUGCUUUUGCUUUUCAGAUGGACCUGGGUUGGUGUCAUUUUUAGACAGGAUGACAACGGCCUCAGGUUUAUUCAGAAUGAACUUCCCAAGUUUUCCCAGGGAGGUAUCUGCUUUGACUUUAUAGAACCAUUCCCAAUUUUGUAUUUCAAAACUGGAGUUUAUGAAAUGAUAGAAUCAUGGAUUAAACUGUACCUCUUCAUAAGUGAUAGCAUGGCCAGUGCUGUGGUCUUACAUGGUGAAAUUCAAACUACAAUCUUUUUGAGAAUGUUUCCCAGACUUUUGGAACUUGAAGAUAUACAAAUGAAGACAGGUAAAGUCUGGAUUAUGAUGGCACAGACGGGGUUCACUUCUGUUCCCUUUCAACGAUCUUGGGACAUAGAUAUCCUUCAUGGUGUCCUAGCCUUUGCAACCCAGUCAAAGGAGGUGGAAGGUUUCCAAAAUUUUCUUCAAAUGAGAAACCCUAAUGUAGAAAUCAGAGAUGGUUUUAUUAAGGACUUUUGGAAGCAGGCAUUUGAUUGUUCCUUCCCAACAUCCCUAGAAGAGGAGAAUGUUUGGAAUCUCUGCACUGGGGAGGAGAAGUUAGAGGGUCUUCCUAGGUCUAUUUUUGACAUGAGCAUAACUCCCCAUAGCUAUAGUAUCUACAAUGCAGUUUAUGCUGUGGCCCACGCGUUGCAGUCCAUGAGCUCAUCGAUGUUCAAACACAGAACUAUGUCAGAGAAAGGACAAAAGAAUGUUCUGAAUCCAAUGUUGUGGCAGGAACUCCUUCAUGAGUAUCACACAUCUAUUUUGUAA